AUGUCGCCAAUCGUCGCGCGCGCCGCCAUCCGCGCCGCUGGACGGAGACAGUUCUCGAUCAUGACGUCGAUGCGCAAGUUCGCUCGGGGCUUCGAGUCACACCCGUUCUCGCGGCUUCCCGUAACAUCGAAUCCCCAGGCGGCAGACUGGGGCAAGCUGGGCAGGAGGGUCGGCAGUCAGGCUGUGAUUUUCUUCCCCGGCAUGGUAUUCCUUCUCGGGUGGCCGCUGGGUAUGAAGGCCCUCAUGGAUGGCCACAUCGGUUAA